AUGAGGAUCACUCGAGAUGGCGUGGAAAAUACGCUCCUUUAUGAAAUCAUGUAUUUCUCGCCAGUUGAGCUGGGAGAUGAGCGCUACACAAACAAGUUGUACUUCCAGACGGAAAUCUACCACCGGAAGUGGCCGACGUUAAUGGCCGACCGCAUGGCUCACCAAAUAGAGAAGCUGAAGCAUUGUGAGAUGGGCAUCGUUGCUUUCGACGACGAGUUCAAGCAGAACCACAGAGAGGCCGUCCUCACCCACUGCAAGAUGGCGUUGGCUUACCUCGACGCACGCGAGGCUCGCAUCGCGAUGAAGUUGUGCGAGCAGUGCAUCCCAGCCACAAAGUCGAGCGAGCCGCGGCUUCAGACGGACCCUGAUGCAGACUUCGACUUCAUGAGGAUCAUUGCCCUCUCGCUGCUCGCCUGCGCCGCGCGAAGGAUCAAGUUCUUCCAGAAGGCCAGUCGCAGUAGUGCUUUGUGUCCCAGGUUCAGAAAAUCCGCAAGUUCGACAGUUUCUAGUCACAGUACUCGCAGAAGCAAGAAAGGUAGGUCUCAUCGUCACGGGACAGUGAUUGAUUACAGUAGCUUCGUCUAG